AUGGACAGCUUUUAUGCUCAGUUUUCUGCAACAAACACAAACCCAUCAACCACAACCAUGGCCACAACCAACAGUACUUUCUCAUCCUCAUCCUCAUCCUCAUACUCAUACUCAAACGUAAGCCUUGCAGCAGAACAAAACAUGUUUCAUCCACAGAAUGUAGUUCACUUCCCCAAUAAUAGUGAAACACUUGGAUUUCCUGCAACUCCCUUUCCCCAACCAGUUACACAGUUCAGCUUUCAAUCACCUUAUUUCGUACCAUAUGAAUUACAAAACAUGCAGUUCCCAUCUACACAAACGUUUACCCAAGUGAAUCAUCAUUUUUCCAAUCCUUUGCAUUCUUUUCCAAUGGAGGAAAGUAAUGAAGUCCUUUUAAGAAUGCAAAACUGUCGUAGAGAAGGUAGGAAGAUAAUGGAAGCAUCUAUACGGAGAGAAGCAAGGGAAAGAAGAAAACAAGCAAGACAACAAAGGAGUGGAAGUUCUGCUCCUCCUGCUGUGGCACCUUCAGUAAGUACUGAAGGAACAAUAAGGGGACAACAACCUCUUACUAGUGGAGAGUCAAAUGAUAAGGUGACAGUCACCCAAAACAGAAAUCCCAAUGUUUUUUGUGCUCCAGAUGGGAAGAGGCUUGAAGAAAUUUUGACAAAGAAGUUACAAAACAGUGACGUAAGCUGCCUAGGCCGUAUUAUCCUCCCUAAGAGGGAGGCUGAGGCAAAGCUUCCGGACCUGAGCAACAAGGAAGGAAUCGAUAUUCUACUAAGGGAUGUAUAUUCUGACCUACCAUGGACUUUGAGAUACAGGUUCUGGUGUAAUAACAAAAGUAGAAUGUAUGUUCUCGAAAAUGCAGGAGAUUUUGUGAACCAUUAUGGAUUACAAAAUGGAGAUUCUCUAACCCUUUACGAGGACGAAUCAAAAAAUCUGUAUGUGUCAACAAAAAAGGAGCGAAAUCAAGAAGUGCUCGAGCCCUCAACAAACAAGCAAAGGCUGCAAAUACAUGGCACAUACAACUAUAGCUACACGCAAAGCAACGAUGAAGAUGAAGCAUCGUUGGCUUUAUUGAUAGAAGAGCUUAGCAACAAGAGGGAAGAAGAAGCUGCUAACAGCCUGUUGACACUGUGCAGUGGUGGUGGUGGUGGUGGUCCUUCAAGUGGAACUGAAUACGUUAAACUACCCAACUAUGUUACAGGAGGGUCAUCAAGCCAAAUAGCUGAACAACCAAACAUAGAAGCCGCAGCACCAUCCUCCAAGGGCAAGACCAAAGUACUGAUAUGUGAUGAUCAACAGAACAGCAUCGAUGAUGUCUACGGGGGUCUUGACAAUAUUUUAGAUGUUGGUCAUUUAACAGAUUACAAGAAAUGGACCAUGUAA